AACCAUUCUUGUUUGUUCCUCUGGACAUUUGUGUUAAGUGUCCUUUUUACGAAACCAAUCUAUCGUUGCAUUCUUGUUUGUUCCUCUGGACAUUUGUGUUUAGUGUUCUUUUUACGAAACAAACACGGGACAAACCAUGGCAACACGCAACGCAAACAGCAGGAAUCGACGCGGGCAGCGGGUUAUUUUUAUACCCUAUGAAAGAGGCGGCCGACAUGAUGAUAGGGUUAGGGAUGGCACUCCAUCCCCAUCGCCUCCCGAUCCAUGGGAGUUGUUCGCAGAAAGGCUUCUAAACGGACCCUACAAUAUUUCACACAGGAUACCAGUGAGCCCUUAUCAGCCAUUCCAUGUGAUGAUGGAUGAAGAAGAGUUUUGGAACCAUGGAAGAGCUAUGAGUCCGGCCCUGCAACAUUUUGUGAGAGCAUCCCCAAUACGUUUCAGCAAUAGAUUUGAUGAUGACUACGGUGGGCGUCAAUUGACAGCUACAGAAGUGGAGACUGCCCUGCGAAAAAUAAAGGCGGAUGUUUACACGCCCCUUUCUCGAAAAUCAGAAAAAGAAAAUAAGGAAGAAGAGGAAAGCGACGCAACUCCCCAUACGUGCUCGAUUUGUUUGGAGGAUUUUUUCGCCAAGCAGGAGCUUUUGAGUCUUCCAUGCAACCACAAAUUUCAUUCCGAGUGUUUGAUGCCAUGGAUUAAACGGCAGGGGCAGUGUCCUGUGUGCAGGUUGGAUCUCACUGGAAGGCCCGCUUCAGUAAAUAAUGUUAUUCAACCCCAAACUUCGAAUGGAGAUGAAAUGGCGCUGAUUAUAAGAGCCAUGGAAGAGGCUUUUGCUUGGCUUCAGCCAUAUCCGCGUUAGCCUCAUUGUAAAUAGCUGAAAAGAUAGAUUAUGGGUGUCCGUUUGUCUAAUCUUGAACCUGUGUUGAUUUAGGUGUUAGAUUGUAAAAGUUCUUUUUUAAUAAUUGAAUCUUUUAUAUUUGAGUUUUUUA